GGGCAAACGACUGUAAUUCUUGUCCUCGCGCGUCACUUAACUCGCCUGAUAUCAACAUAUUUAAUCUUUACACAGAAGUUAACGACAACAAUGAGAGAGUGUGGAGAGGGUGUGUUACUUUGUUGUGAAAGGUGUUUGGAGCUCUUCAGGGGGGAGGACCCGUAAAGCCUGCUGACCGGGAAAAGAGGGAGAAAAAGUUGUGUCAAGUUUUAGAACACGGAGGUGAAAACCGAUGGGGUUAGCAGCUCGGACGGGGAAGAUGGCGCGGCGCUGUGGCCGUGCCACGUCUCGGUUUACUGUAGAAAUACAAAUAUAUCCCAGAAGGAUAGCAACAUUCGCAAUUUGGUUAUGUUUUUGUCUUCUUUUCCCUUCUGUUGCGGAGACUGGACUGUACACCGCUUCUGAUCAAGUCAUCCUAUUAAGUCAGGAAAAUAUCGAGUCGGUUUUGAUCAACUCCUCAGCAGCUGUUCUUGUGGAGUUUUAUGCUUCAUGGUGCGGACACUGCAUCGCCUUUUCUCCGGUUUACAAAGGUUUGGCGAGUGACAUAAAAGAGUGGAAGCCAGCUGUGAACUUGGCAGCUGUUGACUGUGCUGCAGAGGAAAACAGGAAGGUCUGCAAUGGCUUUGGCAUCAGAUCGUACCCCACUAUAAAGUUCUUCCAUGCUUAUUCCAAAGCUGAUUCUACAGGACAGGCCUUUAAAGCUUCCACUCAUGAUGUUCGGGUGCUCCGUCACAGGAUCAUAGACCAACUGGAAUCCCAUGAAGAGCCCUGGCCUCCAGCCUGCCCCCCACUGGAGCCCACCAGCCAAGCAGAGAUCGACAGCUUCUUUGAGACCAACAGCGUUCAACACCUGGCUCUGAUCUUCGAGGACACUAAAUCCUACAUCGGGCGAGAGGUAACCCUGGACUUGUUGCAGUAUGAGAACGUCGCAGUGCGGAGAGUCCUGAGCACUGAGGAAGGUCUGGUAACCAAACUGGGAGUGACUGAGUUUCCAUCCUGCUACCUUUACUCUCCUCAAGGCAACUUAACCAGACUCAAAGUCAACAUUGAGGCUCGUACUUUCUACUCUUACGCCCUCCAGAGGCUGCCGGGGGUGGUGCGGUCAGGGAAGCCUCUACCGGUCACCCUAGACGUCCUCAAUAACAGCACAGAGGAGCCCUGGAGACCCUUCAACAGGUCCAGGGUGUACAUGGCAGACCUGGAGUCCACGCUGCACUACUCUCUGCGUGUGGAGGUAGCUGCCCAUACUCUCAUCAAAGGAGAGGCCCUGACUUCUCUCAAGAAGUACAUCUCUGUCCUGGCAAAGUACUUUCCAGGCCGUCCAGUGGUGAUGAGCCUUUUGAAGUCUGUAAACUCUUUGCUAAAGAACCAGACUGGCGAUGAGAUUUCCUAUGACGCUCUCCGAGAGAUACUGGAUAACUCAGCUCAGUCUCCAGACACUGCUUUGCCUGAAGGAGAGAGGUGGGUGGGCUGUCAGGGUUCACGACCCCACCUGAGACGUUACCCUUGCGGGAUGUGGACCCUCUUCCAUACUCUCACUGUCCAGGCCAAGAACGCAGGAGGCACCGAUCCUCAGGAGGUGCUGAGUGCGAUGAGAAACUAUGUCCACAGCUUCUUUGGCUGCAGGGCGUGUGCCGAGCACUUUGAAAUUAUGGCGACAGAGAGUCUGGUGGAGGUGAACACGUUGUCGUCAGCGGUGCUGUGGCUUUGGUCCAGACACAAUCGUGUCAACAACAGACUGGCAGGUGAUUUGAGUGAAGACCCCAACUUCCCAAAGAUCCAGUGGCCUCCACCAGAAAUGUGUCCAGCCUGCCAUACGGUGAAGGAAAACGGGGAGCACAAGUGGAGUAAGGAGCAGGUUCUCCCCUUCCUCCUGUCCCACUUCUCAUCCAGCAGUAUCCUCACAGACUACCUCGAAGAUGAAAGCCAGAUCCUGGCAAAACAGAGGGAAAAACAUGCGAGUCAGCAGCAAGCUUUAGAAGCUCAGAAACGUGUUGAGAGGAAAGCCAGGGAGGCCUUGGACUCAAUGGCACAUCCUCUGCCAUCGCAACCCGCCAUGCAAGAAGAGGAGGAAGAGGAGGAGGAGGAAGAGGGGCCGCAGGAGGAAGAGGAGGAAGGUGGGGAAGGAGCAGCAGCAGCAGAUGAGAUGGAGGGUAAGACAUCUGAGACAACCCCCUGGGCCAAGCCUGAAAUGGAGGUGGGUCGAGGCCGGCUGCAGGCCCACAGGAAGCCGAGCAUUGUGGGGAUGAGGAUGCGAGAGCUGCAGGAGGACAUCGUGGAUCUCGACUCAUUUGUCAACCAGCACUACAAGGCCAAGGCGCUGCGGGUCAAACAACGCACCCUGCAGAGGAAGGAGGAGCAGGAGCCCUGGCCUGUGUUUGGGCUCGGCAUGGAGCUGGAUGCAGGGCUGGGGAUGGUGGGCCUGCAGCCUAUGGAAGCAGACUUUGAGCAAGAUGUGGGGCGGCAGAGAAAGCGGCUGCAGAAGCGAGAACUGACCGGCCAGUACUUUGUUGAGGAGGCCGAGUUGAGCCACAGGGGACGCUGGAUGACUGUGCUGAGCAUUGGCUUCUCCAAAGUGGACAUCAGCCUGUGUGUCAUCCUUUAUUUCCUGUCCUCCAUGUGUCUUCUGGCCAUGUACCUUUUCUUCAAGACCCGCCUCAGACCACGGCGGGCUAAAGUAGGCCUGCCCUGAACCAGAGUGUAUCCAAAUUGGAGCUGAGUCCGCAAUGAUUAACGUUAAUUAGCUUCAUGUAGGCUAAGGUCGGGGUUAGUGCUAGGGGAUGUGUUAAGAUUAAGGCGAUCUUCGGUGGUCCACUUAACUGUUACCUACAGCCAAAGUAUGCAACAGUGUGUUUUACCCUGAAUGUUGUGGAUGGGUUAUGUCUAACUGGAGAGGAGGAGAAGGGAAAAUUAGCAGACCACCUUCCAAAUCUUUGAAAAUUGGGGCGGGGGUGGGUCCUUUUAAAAUUACACUUAACCUGGCUUCCAGAGCUUUAUUAGGCAUCACCUCAACUGUGGAAAAUAUGUGCCUAAAGAUAUAUCUUUCUAUAAGUGGGCUUCUGUUUGUGGUUUGUGCCUGAGUUAAGGGUAAUCCAUAUUUUGAUUUUUGUUUGACCACUUAUGAAGGAUAAAAUUAAACCCAAUAUGAGAGGAUUUUCUUUUUUUAUUUGUAAGAAGUAAAUGCAACUAAUAAGUGAUUUGAGUUAUGGACAUUUGUAACAGUGUGAUUUUUCUUUCGUUAUAUUUUUUAUAUCUUAGAGUAGGAGAAAGACCUCCUACACUACUUCCCUGUGUACUAUGAUCAGAAUAACCAAAAUAUGUUUUUAUUUCAGUCACAAUUUUUUAUAUAUUUACACGUAAAAAAUAUUUGAAUCAUUUGAACUUAAUACUCAAAUAGGUUAUUCUUCGAUUUUAAAAAACAUUUUGUUGUAUCUUAAAUUACAGACGAUCUGUUUUCCCUCCAAUCAAUCACUGAGAUCUUUGUGUUUAUCAAGUCAAUGUAUCAGGUAAUAAAUUAAAUGUUUCUGCA